GCAGCACGGCCGGGGGGAAGCCGGGAGCUGCGUCUGUGGCUGCGGCGUUACAACCUGGGGGGCAGCGUUUUGGGAUUGGGGCUGCGAUUAAGGUCCUUCCUCCUCUGCAGCACCCCUUGUUGCCUGCCCCUGGCUGCUACUUUCCCAGCCACAAGCUGCCCUCAGAGGACCCGUGGAGAUUUUGGCCUUUGGAGGCUACAGAGGGGAGGCUCCUGACAUAUGGUUGUGACGCUGCCUGUGGAGGAGGAGCACAACAACGAGGACAACGAUUCUGUGAUGGAGAGUCUUCUUACCAAGUGCAAGGCUAGAAGAGUUGCGGCCUGGAAGCUAUACGCAUUCGUCGCCAUCAGUCUAAUAGAGUUCCUGGUUGUGAUUUCCAUUAUCAGUGUGUGCUCCCAGAUGGUUUCGGGGCUCAUCCCUGCAGCCCCAGCUGCAGGGCUCUCUCAACGUCCAUGUUCCUGCCCCCCUUCGUGGAUCGGGUUCGAGGGGAAAUGUUUCUACUUCUCCGACGGGGAAAAGAACCAGACCUUGAGCCGGGCUGACUGCCACGCGCGCAACGCCAGCCUGGCCGUGAUCCAGUCCAGGGAGGAGCUGGAGUUCGUGCUGCGCUAUAAAGGUUCUCACGACCACUGGAUCGGGCUGAGCCGCCAGAACCCGAGGCAGCGCUGGGAAUGGGACGAUGGCACCGAAUUUGACAGCUCAUUGUUUCCCAUCGGAGGAGGCGAGGAUUUUGCUUUCUUGAACAACCAAAGAGUCACCAGCGCGCGCAGCAGCGGCGAGCGGCACUGGAUCUGCACCAGGCAGCCCUGAGGCCGGCAGACAGGGCGCCUCCAGGUCUCGUGCAGAAAAUCCCUCACACCUUGGUGCCCUGGUGGAUGUUUUGGGGAACUGACGCAGCAGAACAAGACCCAGGGUUCAUUUCUGUACUGGGUCUGGCUGGGAUGUUAACUUUCCCUGCAGCAGCCCAUACAGUGCCGUACUCUGUACUUGGAGCUAGAACAGCAGUGGUAUCACACCAGGGUUGUGUCUGCUGCUGAGCAGUGCUGG